AUGAAAAUAUCUUUAAGGAAUCUUGCAAUUUUAUUUAUUAUAACUCUAAAUUUAAAUCUAUUAUAGGCUGAAAAGAUUAGAGCAAAUAUACCAAAUUAUAAAGAUAUAAAAACUGAUAAUCAAUUGUAUGAUGAGCUUAUGGAAAAGGAAUUAAAAAUAUUGAAAAGAUAGAAUAAAGGCAAUAAUUAUGAAAGACCGUAAUUUAAAAAUUUAAAUAUAAAUGAUAGCUUGUCAUUGGAGCAAUCUUUAAGAAUUUUAGAAAAAAGUAUUCCAGAUAUUAAUCAGUCUGAACAAAGUAUAAGUAGCACGAAGAGCUAAAAAAAUUUGAAUAGCUUUUAAUUUAAUGAUAUAAGCGAUUUUAAUAUUCCUUUGAUAGAUUCAAUAGGAGCUGAAUGUGAAAAAAAUAUGAAUUUCAAUAAAGAUCCUAAUCAUAUUUAUAGCAAUCUUAACUAUGAAGAGUAGUUGAAAAAAGUUUAAAAAGAAAAAGAAUAAUUUAAGGCUAGCUAAAUGAAAUCAAAUAGAGAAAUUUUAAUUGAAAAGCUAAAAAGUGAGCAUGAUGAAUGCUUUUUCGGAAUGACUCUAUCAAGCUAGACUGUUGCUUACUAAUCUUAUAAUGAAUACUGCCAAAAGUAGAAAGAAAUGAAAUUAAACAUUGAAUUUUCAAAUUAAUAGUUUUAAAUUAAGUUUAAAGGAAGUCAUAUUAAAACAAAUGAAAUUCCAGAAAAAUAUUUCACUGACCACUUGAUAUCAUGUGGAGUUUAACCAAUUAAAAUAAUUUUUUAACAAAAUAAUCCAAUCACAUAACAUAUUUCUUAUAUUUGUUUUGAUUCUACAAACAAAAUAUCUAAUCAAACAAGUAACGCAGUUGAAUAAGAAUAAGAAUAAUAUUAAGAAUAAGUCAAGCACACUGAUUUGUGA